UGACGUGCUGAUUGAAGCGAAGUGUGCGGGGAUGCUGAUUGAAGCGAAGUGUGUGGGGAUUACCUUGUCCAUGUGGGGUUUACAUGCUGAUUGAAGCGAUGUGUGUGGGGUGUGUGCGAGUUGUGGAGUCUGGUGGACUCUACAGCCUUGCAAGGGGCGGGGUGGACGUCACGACCAGCUUCACGGAGCACCUCUUUCCCAAAAGUUCGUUGCAUGUCCUCGAGUCCUUUGCUACCAUUGGGCUUAUCUUUUUCUUAUUUCUGGUUGGACUGGAGCUGGAUCCGGAGUCUUUGAAGACGGCAGGAGCAGCUACAGCUGCAAUAUCGGUGGCAGGGAUCGCGGUACCGUUUGUGCUAGGAGUGGGCGUUGCUAAAUUUCUGUAUGAUGAUGGUGAAGUCAUGGGCGACAUCGUAAAGAACUCUGGCACUGGCUUCGGCGCCUUUGUGGUUUUCAUGGGAGUCUCCAUGUCCAUCACGGCCUUUCCUGUCCUCGCUCGUAUUUUGGCGGAGUUCAAGUUGCUGACUACAGACGUUGGAGGUUUGGCUAUGGCAGCCGCUGCUGUCGGAGACGUGGUUGCAUGGGUGUUCCUUGCACUGGCUGUUUCGCUUACCAAUUCAGACAAACCGGUGUUUUGCGUCUACGAUCUCCUCAUGGGCCUUCUCUUCUGCCUUGUAACCUUCGUUCUCGUAAAGCCUUUCAUGGCGAAACUAGCGCAGCGUUGUCCGGCCGACGAGCCAAUCCCUGAGCAGAUUGUUGCCAUAACCCUACUCCUCUGCCUUGCUUCGGCAUUUGCGACGGACCUCUGCGGGAUCCAUGCGAUUUUCGGCGCAUUCCUAUUCGGUCUGAUCAUUCCUAAAGACGGUCAUUUCGCGGGGGCGUUGAUCGAGAAGGUGGAAGACUUCACCAGCACUUUGCUCCUGCCUCUCUAUUUCGUGUCGUCUGGUCUGAAAACGGAAAUCGGCUCCAUUGAUUCUCUGCGUCUGGUCGGCGUUCUCAUCCUCGUCGUCUCCGUUGCAACAGCCGGCAAAGUCGGAGGGGUUUAUGUCGCGGCUCGGUUAACUAAACUGCCUCCAAAGAAGUCGUUUGUUUUCGGCGUGCUCAUGAACACCAAGGGUCUGGUCGAGCUGAUUGUUCUCAACAUCGGAAGAGAGAAAGGGGUUCUCGGCAACCGGCUGUUUGCGAUUUUGGUCCUGAUGGCAAUUAUUACAACUUUCAUGACGAGUCCCAUUGUCAGCCUACUUACGGCUCCCAAGGAAAAGGCGGUGGCGUACGACCGGCGGAGGAUCGCCAUGGAUGAUGGCAGCGACGAGAUUCGGUUGUUUAUGUGUGUCCACGGCAUUCGCAACAUUGCUUCGAUGGUUCACGUGUCGGAGCUCGUCAAGGGAAGGAGAAAGAAGGCAUUGAGAGUGUACCUCCUGCAUUUGAUAGAGUAUUCGGAGCGUUCAUCUGCAAUCAAGAUGGUAGCGAAGGCCAGGAAAGAAGGAAAGCCCUUUGUGAACAAGAACAUUGACGGCGUCGAUAACGUGGGAACGAUGUUCCAAGCGUACGGGCGAGUCGCAAAGAUUCUUGUGCGGCCUAUGAUCGCUAUCGCAACGACGAGCCAGAUGCACGAAGAUAUAUGCAGUACUGCUGCGGAAAAGCGGGCCAAUAUGAUCAUCGUACCUUUCCACAAGGACUCAGCUCUCGAUGGACUGCUUGACGUUGCACACCCAGGCUUCCAUCACGUCAACAGGAACGUCCUGCGACAUGCGCCAUGCUCGGUUGGAAUCCUAGUGGACCGAGGAAUCGGCAAUUCGUCGCAUAUUCCGUCAAACGAGGUGACCUAUCACAUCUUGAUUCUUUUCUUCGGCGGCCAAGACGACAGAGAGUGUCUUGCUCUCGGUCGACGCAUGCUGGAGCGCCCGAACGCAGUCGUCAGAGUUGUGCGGUUCAAGGAGAGUGCUUCCAAGGAUACUUCUCUGCAUGUUGCGGGCGGCAGCAGUAUCGAAAAUGUGUCGCAUGACCGACAUCACUACCAGUUCUUCAACUGGACUGCCGGAAGCAGCCACGACCAUCGUCAUGGCAAGCUCCAAACCAUCGAUCCCGCAGAGCUUCGCCGGCGUGAGGAGGAGGAGUUGGCGAAAGACGACGCUGCGAUCGCCGACACCCAGGCUACCGCAGACAGUCUGAUGCAGGAAAUGCCGCAGAACAAUGGCGAGCUGCGGUUCUCGGUGGAGCAAGUGCCGGCCGACGAUGUUAUUGGAAGGGUGAUUCACCUGGCUACUGCACAGGGCGUCGACCUUGUGAUCAUUGGGAGGGGUAGGCGUCCUUCCCGGAUCGUUGCGCGUCUUCCUGUUCCAGAGCACGCGAACCGUGUCGAUGCACACGAAUUGGGCGUGAUUGGUGAUGUGCUGACAGGCAAAGAAAUGAAAAUGUCUGCCUCUAUCCUGGUCGUCCAGCAGCAUGAUCCCGACUUUGUGCCCGCACACACCGGUCUCUCGUCGAGGUUGUUCAAGAAGACAGCAUCGCACCCCGAGCCGCGCAAGGCAGACCUGCAUGCAGGAGCGAAGGCCAAGGCGAUUGCGGAGGACAUGCCAGAUUCGCCGCGCAAGGCAGACCUGCAUGCAGGAGCGAAGGCCAAGGCGACUGCGGAGGACGUGCCAGAUUCCAAUACCCCACGAAAGGAAGUGUGAAAAGCCUUUAGGGGUAUAUAUAAAAUCAAACAAAUGGGGUGAGGGGCACAACACAUGACAGGAUGAUGCAGAAGCGAAGGCCAAGCCGAUUGCAGAGCACUCACGGGAUACCGACACCCUGCAGAAGGACGACAUUGUGUAAAGUCUCAGGGGUAUGCGGCCCAACAAAUGGGCCGAGGAGCACAACACUUGACAGGACGGGGCGAUCUUUAAAACUAUCCGACGAAUGCCAAUUGUGUGGUCACGAUGCCAAACAUCGGGCAGAUUCACAUCAUUUUUUUUUACUCUAGAAAGUGCUAGAAGGGGGGCUGCAUCAGAGUGACUGUCUUCCUCAGUUCCUCAGUAGGAGGAAUGAAGUCUCAGACUGAUGCAGGGCUUGAGGGAUGGACCCUACUCGCAGCCUACUCCACUGCUGUGCAGUGUGGAUUGCCCUCGCAAUCGACACGUUCUGCUCACCCACUCCUGGAAAGAUGUCCGCUGUCGCUUUGACAGCAAUCGGCAGUUCCCAGUACUAAGAGCAUAUUAACUACUCCCACUACCAUCUUCACCUGUCAAUGAAACGCCCAGUCAUUA